AUGGCUUCGUUAGCGAUUCCCUAUAAGCCACAGUUGUUGGUUCAAUUUCAUGUUUUUUAUUGCAGGUGCCAGAACUUGCAUGCACUUCUGCAUGAGUUAUCGAACGAAGGAGCCAGAGAACAGUUCUCGAAUUUCCUGGAGGAGAUUAUACUUCCUCAAUUAGUUGCGAGUACUGAACAUGGUGAACGAGAAUGUCACAUAGUUGUAUUACUCGAUGAAGAUGUGGUCGAUUGGGAUGACGAGUACCCGCCACAAAUGGGCGAAGAAACCACCCAUGUUGUGUACAGUUCGCAUUUAUACAAGUUCUUCAAGUAUGCCGAAAAUCGAGACUGUGCGAAACAGGUAUUGAAGUCAAGAGGUUUGAAAAAGAUUCGACUCGGGUAUGGAGGGCUAUCCGACGCACAAGGAGAAAGUGAAGAAGCGUUUCAACAAGGCCGAAGUAGUAUUAGCUAUUUUCCAACAAAUACUUCUAUUUUAGUAAUCUACAACUACGUGCAACGUCCCUUCGUUCACUGCUCAUGGGAGAAGGAAGAGGCACGAAGCCGACACGUUGAUUUUGCUUGUCCUAUUGUGAAGUCGAAGUCGAACCCAAGCUUAGCUGCUGCUGCCUCGGAUCCGCUGCCACAACCAGCUCCGCUGCAUCAACAACGUGAUCACAACCUUCUUGGAGUGAAUAUCAAUCAGCAUCAACAUGUGCAACCACUUCAUUCACCACCGGUAAAUUUUCAUCGCGAUCGAGGCGACCCAGACAUGCGAGACGAGGAGUAG